AUCCUCAUAUAAUUUUUCCCUCUCUUCUGCUGCUUCCGUUCCCUCUCCCCGCGCUUCAAAACCCUACCCUUCUCCCACUUCACCCGCUUCUCCCGCUUUCUAUCUCUUCCUUACAUGGCUGGCGCAGCUGACUCGACCUUCUCGAUCGAGAAUCCAAGCAUUCAUCAGCCACAGUCACCGCCUGCUCGGCCGGCUUCUUCCCAGAUUCUCUGCCCUGGGUCAAAACAGCAUUUACCCUUCCCGCCAUCGUCAUCCACCGCUUCAGCGGCUUUCGAUCGACGUAUCUUGACCGGUGUAACUGCAUCCGUUGUAGAUGAAAGUAGAGACGGAAAGGAGAUGUUUCCGGCUCUGGAGCCAUCCUUAAAAAUUGUGGAUGGAAAAAUUGAUCGUGCUGGUGCAAGUGGUCAAUUUGUUGCUGAAAAAGAGCAAAAGGAAGUAGCUAGAAAUCAUAAAUCAUCAUCAAUAAUAGGUGUUAAGCGCCAAAGAAACCCAAAGUCUUCAAGAAAUAAAAAAUCUGUGCCGUCAUAUACGGGACCUAGUGAUGGCAACCCUGUGAGUGCUUUAAGCACCUGCCGUUAUGACAGUUCUCUUGGCCUGUUGACAAAAAAAUUCAUAAAUUUGCUCCAGCAAGCUGAGGACGGGACACUUGAUUUGAAUAAAGCAGCAGAAAUUUUGGAUGUACAAAAGAGAAGAAUCUAUGACAUUACCAAUGUUCUUGAAGGAGUUGGGUUGAUUGUAAAGCAGUUGAAGAAUCAGAUACAUUGGAAGGGGUUCAACAUGUCAAGACCAAUGGAGGUGGGGGCAGAAAUUGCUGGCUUGAAGGCUGAGCUUCAAAGUCUGGAAAGUGAGGAUUGCAGGCUUGAUGCUAUGAUAUGUAACAUGCAAGAAAAUCUACUCUCUUUUAGUGAAGAUGAAAGCAAUCAAAAAUGGCUCUACCUCACGAAAGAAGAUAUCAGUUGUAUCCCAUGUUUUCAGAAUUCUACACUUAUCGCAGUUAAAGCUCCUCAUGGAACCAGUCUUGAAGUUCCAAAUCCUGAUGAGGGUCUGGAGUUUCCACAAAGGCAGUAUCAAAUGCUUCUGAGGAGCUCCAUGGGUCCUGUUGAUUGCUACCUAUUAAGCAAUCAUGAAGAGAGAUUUGAGGCUUCAAAUUUGGAUCAACACUUUGCAUCAAUGGAUUUAUCUGUUCAGAAUAGCUGCACGAGUAUGCACCAUUUGAUGGUCCCUCGUCCAGGAGAUGGACAUAUUCUCUCAACAGCUGAUCAAGAACAAAUUGAAGCUGAUAGAAGUACGUUGGAUGCUGACAUUUUGAGGGACUCUGAAGGCGGCAUCGUGAAAAUUACACCAUGUGAUGAUGUUUCGGAUUAUUGGCUUCUGUCAGAAGGUGGUGGUUAUGGCAUCUCAGAAUCAUGGAGAACAUCAUAGACAAUGAUGUUGGCUUUCUUUUUUAAUUUUUUUAUUUUUUCUUUGUAAAUGUAGAUUUCCAGUCAGGCCAAACUGAGAAGCGUUUUACUGGGCGUCGUCUUUAGAGAUGUUUCUGAUUGCUAGAGAUGCUUUCCCGCGCCCGCACCCGCGCCCGCACCCGCGCCCGCCCGCCAUCUUGUAAAUAAUAUUUAAAUAGUUAUUUUACAGCAUAAUAAAUCAUAAUAAUUUUGUAUCUGUUUAGAAUCGUCAGCAAUGUACAAAUGUUUUUAACAGAAAUUCUGGCAGCAUUCUUGACAUGGACCUUUUAGCUAUUGUUUUGAUUAUUUGAUCUGAAACCUCUGUGACUCGUGAGAUAAUAUUAUGCGUGGCAACACCGGACUUAAUAUUUUUUGUAAAUCACACUACCUUGACGAGUAUUUCUGAAGAGAACUGAG